AUGAUUAUGUUCCAAGCACUAUGCGCGGAAAGCAUAUUUUAGUUCUUGGAGCAACAGGUGGCCUUGGAGCUCAAGUAGUAAAUCAAGCACUUGAAGCUUCGUAUCACGUAACAGCACUGGUUCAAAAUGAUAUUAAUUUACCAUUUACACGACGUCAAUUAAGAAAUCCAAAUCUUGUAAUAGUGGUUGGAUCAGUACUUCGUCGCGAAGAUUUAGAUAAAGUAAUUGAACAUCAAGACGCCGUUAUAAAUUGCUUAGGACCAAAACCACUAUUUGCUACAGAUAUUGAUAUAUGUUCACGUAGUCAAACAUUAGUCAUUUCAAGUAUGAAACGAUUUGGAGUUAGACGAUUAAUUGCUGUAACAUCACAAGGAGUCAUCGAUGAUUUUAAUGAAGACAAAAUAAUGAAAGCCUCUUGCACUAUACAACCACAAAUUACAAAUGGAAUACAAAAGCUUUUUGAAAAUUUAUUUUCUGCCAAAAUUUUGCAGGACAAGGCAAUUCAAGAAAGAAUUAUAAUAAAUAAUAAUAAAUACAUUGAUUGGACAAUUAUUAGACCUGGAAAGUUGACAAAUGGUCAACUAACAAACGAGUAUAUGGUAAAUGAGAAACCGAGCUAUAACAAAAUUUCAAGAGCAAAUGUUGCACAUUUCAUAUUGAAAGAGUUAAGAAGUUCUGAAUGUGUCAGAAAAUGCGUUAGCGUGAGUAGUAUGAAUAGUUAA